GAAGUCUGCCUGUCGCAGGGGAGGGGAUGGGAUGAGGAAAGCCUCAGGCUGGUGCCGGCUCCCCCCCCGCAGGCCUCUUUGGGGGUCGCACCUCCAGCCAGGCGGGCGCGGGGCCCUGGGCCGGGGCGUUCGCGGCGGGCGGCGGGCGGCGGCCGGAGCAGGCUCGGCCCGGCGGCUCACUCUUUCUGCCUCCUCCCCCCAGGAUUACCGAGAGGAUGGGAUGGAUCUAGGCAGUGACGCCGGCAGCAGCAGCAGCAGUAGCCGCGCCAGUUCGCAGUCCAACUCCACCAAAGUGACCCCUUGCUCCGAGUGCAAAUCCUCGUCGUCGCCGGGGGGCAGCCUGGACUUGGUGUCUGCCCUGGAGGACUAUGAGGAGCCCUUCCCGGUCUACCAGAAGAAGGUGACUGAUGAGUGGGCGCCGGAGGAGGACGGGGAGAAGGAAGAGGAGGAGGAGCGCGGCGAGCGAGGGUACCGGCAUGACCGCUGUCCUGCCCAGGAGCCGGGGGACGUGAGCGCCAGGACCCGCAGCGGCGGCGGCAGGGGCGCCACCACCGCCAUGCCGCCCCCCGUGCCCAACGGCAACCUCCACGCGCACGACCCCCAGGACCUCAGGCACAAUGGCAACGUGGUGGUGGCCAGCCGGCUCAGCGGCUCCCGGGGCCCCCGCCGGGCGGUCCAGAAGCCUCAGCCGGCGGGGGGCCGGCGCGGUGGCCGGGGCCCGGCGGCCGGGGGCCUCUGUCUUCAGCCCACGGACAGCGGGACGUGCGUCCCGGAGGAGCCCCCGGUGCCCCCUAUGGACUGGGAGGCUCUGGAGAAGCAUCUGGCUGGGCUGCAGUUCCGGGAGCAGGAGGUGCGGAACCAGGGCCAGGCGAGGACCAACUCCACCUCGGCACAGAAAAAUGAAAGAGAAUCUAUCCGACAGAAGUUGGCACUUGGAAGCUUCUUUGAUGAUGGCCCGGGAAUUUAUACCAGCUGUAGCAAAAGUGGGAAGCCAAGCCUUUCCUCCCGCCUGCAGAGUGGGAUGAACCUGCAGAUAUGCUUUGUCAACGACAGCGGCAGCGACAAGGACAGCGAUGCUGAUGACAGCAAGACCGAAACGAGCUUGGACACCCCCUUGUCUCCCAUGAGCAAACAGAGUUCUUCCUAUUCCGAUAGAGACACUACUGAAGAGGAAUCCGAAUCCCUGGAUGACAUGGAUUUCCUCACAAGGCAAAAGAAAUUGCAAGCCGAAGCCAAAAUGGCCCUUGCCAUGGCCAAACCAAUGGCCAAAAUGCAAGUAGAAGUGGAAAAACAGAACAGGAAAAAGUCUCCCGUCGCUGAUCUUCUGCCACACAUGCCUCAUAUAAGUGAAUGCUUGAUGAAAAGAAGUUUAAAGCCCACUGACCUGAGAGACAUGACUAUUGGGCAGCUACAAGUGAUAGUCAAUGAUCUCCAUUCCCAGAUAGAAAGCUUGAAUGAAGAGUUGGUCCAGCUGCUCCUCAUCCGAGAUGAGCUGCACACAGAGCAAGACGCCAUGCUGGUGGACAUCGAGGACUUGACCAGCACCAGCGCCACCAGAUUGCUCUCACCAUGGGGACACUCCAAGACUUGAGUUUCUAGCUGGGCCUGGUUCCGAGCGCCUGUCUGUAAAGAGACACGCUGAGAGUCAGCAGAAGCACAUGGCCGAGAAAAUGCCUGCAAAGUGAAAAGAAGCCAUCCAACCAGAGGACAAGCUAGAAUUUAUUUUGCUUCUGUGGUUGUAAAAAUGCUGUUGCUAAAGGUGGCACAGAAACAAACAAAUAUCAGUGUUAGUCAUCGAUAAUGUCUGAAGCUUAACGUCCAGUGAUUGGCCUUUGCUUCUUAAUUUAUUUUAAUUUUUUUACUGUGCCACUAAAUAUCAGGCAUUUUAAUAAAAUAUUGUUACAAAAAAUGUACAGUACUUACACCAUCACAAAUCAUGGUUAAUCAAAGAGGGUAGUUUUAACUUUAUUUUUAUUUGUUUAGAGAUUCUGAGUUGGAGCAGUAUUUUACCAUUGACUGCUUUCAUUCUUCACUGUAGUUUUAAAGAAGAACUGUAAAUGACGGUGCUAUCCAAGUCAAAAAAUACAUGCCUGCCUCGUAGUGAAGUUGUAGGUCUCCGUAAUAUGUAUAUUUUAAUCAGUUUUCAACAUUUUGUGAAUGUUGACUACCUGAAGUUCAUUUUUAGAUGUGCUAUUAACAUUCUGUUGGAUUCCGAGGGUUCCUUAAAAGUUUUAUGUAUAAAUAUGUAAAAUAAAAAUUAAAACUUUGUUUCA